UAAACAAACAAAUAAUAAUUACAAGAUUACUUAACCAAUGUUAAUACAUUUAGCAAGUAAUCAGUAGUGCUUUGGCAAACCUUUGUUCUGCAAUAAUGAAUUUUCUGAAAGGUCUGCUAAAUGUUUUAGUUCUUCAGCACCUCCUUCUCCAGCUCUGCUCUUCCUUGGACACCAUAAAAUUUGAUCAACCCGUCGGAGACGGUGAUUUCUUGCUGUCCAAGAAUGAGACCUUUGUCCUGGGAUUCUUUAGUCCCGGGACAUCUACCAACCGCUAUGUUGGAAUUUGGUACAAAUUUUCGGAAGACUUGGUUGUGUGGGUGGCCAACAGAGAUAAUCCCAUCAAUGGCAGCUCAGGAGUUCUCUCAAUAGGUUCUGAUGGAAACCUAGUGCUGCAAGCCAAUACUAGCCAAGGCCUUGUGCCUCUGUGGUCAACAAAUGUUUCGAUAUCAUCAGCGAGCAACGGUAAUAUUUCUGCGCAAAUUCUUGAUUCGGGAAGCCUUGUUUUGGCUCAACAAGGCAGCCAGGAUGUUUUUUGGCAGAGUACUGAUCACCCUACAAAUAUUCUUCUUUCGAAUAUGAAAAUCGGGUUGGACAGAAGAAGUGGCAUAAACCGGUUCCUCACGUGUUGGAACUCGGACAAUGAUCCUGGGACGGGGAAUGUUUCGUUGAGAAUGGACCCAAAUGGAUCGCCUCAGUUGAUCUUGUACAAGGAUGACGCUAAGUGGUGGAGGUCAGGACAGUGGAACGGGAUUCAAUGGGGAGGCAUACCUGCCGUGCAGCGGAACGUUGUGUUUAAGAUCAAUUUUGUGAACAACCAAGAUGAAAUUGCUGUGCAGUGGACUGUUCUCGACCCUUCAAUCCACUCGGUGAUCACAAUAGACGGAUCGGGAACACUCAACCAGCUAUCAUGGCAGGACCAGCAGCACCAGUGGGUUUCGCUUUGGUCGGCACCAUUGGAUUCCUGUGACAGCUAUGGCAAGUGUGGUCAAUUUGGCAAUUGCAAUCCUUACACCAACAGUGGGUUCAACUGCACAUGCUACCCCGGAUAUGAACCAACCUCACCGCAGGAUUGGGAUUUAAGAGAUGGGACAGAUGGGUGCAAGAGGCCUCAGGGCUCGCCGUCCAUGUGCAGGAACGGUGAGGGUUUUGUGAAGCUGGAGAAUGUAAAGGUUCCAGACACGUCCUCUAUAAAAUUGGAAAAUAACUUGAGCUUAGAAGCGUGCAAGGAGGAGUGCUUGAACAACUGCUCGUGCUUGGCAUAUGCGAGUGCAGAUGUGAGGAAUGGAGGGACUGGAUGCAUGACAUGGUAUAGAGAUUUGAUGGAUACUAAGCAGUUCACAGAAGGCGGGCAAGAUUUGUACGUUCGCGUUGAUGCAGUAGUUUUAGCUCAGUAUAAAAACAAGUCAGGAGGGAGAAGGCGACUGGCUAUUAUAUUGGUAGUGUCAACUUCCGUCGCCUCAUUGCUCAUCCUCGCAGUUCUAUGUUGGUUCAGGAAAAGGAGCAGGAAAGGGAGAGGAGGAGAACCUAGAUUUCUGAAUGAUCCCGCUGCUUCUGGUGUACGAAGCUAUGAAGAUUUGCCAAUAAAAAAUGAGGUUGAGGAACACAGAGGAGACACAGAUUUACCUUUUUUCGAUUUAACCACUGUGGUUGCAGCCACAGAAAACUUCUCUUAUGCUAACAUGCUUGGACAUGGCGGCUUCGGCACAGUAUAUAAGGGAUGUCUAGCUGAUGGACAGGACAUUGCUGUCAAAAGAUUAUCGAGAAAUUCAGGACAAGGCGUAGAUGAAUUCAAGAACGAAGUAAUGCUUAUAGCAAAGCUUCAGCAUAGAAAUCUUGUGAGGCUUUUGGGUUGCUGCAUACAUAAAGAAGAGAGGAUGCUAAUCUAUGAAUACAUGCCAAAUCGCAGCUUGGACUUAUGCAUUUUUGAUAAAAACAGAAAGUCGUUGUUAGAUUGGAGAAAGCGGUUUCAAAUUAUCAUUGGGAUUGCUCGAGGCGUCCUAUAUCUUCAUCAAGAUUCGAGACUAAAAAUAAUCCACAGGGAUUUGAAAGCAAGCAAUGUUUUACUGGAUGGUUCAAUGAACCCAAAAAUAUCAGAUUUUGGCAUGGCGAGAAUGUUCGGGGAUGACCAAAUUGAAGCAAACACGAACAGAGUUGUUGGCACCUACGGUUACAUGUCACCGGAGUAUGCUAUGGAUGGGCUAUAUUCCAUAAAAUCGGAUGUGUUUAGCUUCGGAGUCUUGGCACUAGAGAUCAUUAGCGGCAAAAAAAACAGUUUCCAAUUCGAAAACACCUCUCUGAAUUUGGUUGGACUUAUAUGGGACUUGUGGACAGAAGGAAAAGUCUUGGACAUAGUUGAUUUGUCACUGAACCAGUCGUAUUCGACUCACGAAGUUAUGAGAUGCAUUCAAAUUGGGCUCUUGUGCGUGCAAGAAAAUGCAACGGACCGGCCAACCAUGCUAGAUGUUGUGUUCAUGCUGGGGAAUGAAACGAAUCUUCCACAUCCAAAAAAGGCAGCGUUUAGCUUCAAAACUGGUGGUCCGGAUUCUUCAACGUCUAGAGGAGCUUCCUCCGUAAAUGAUGUAACAGUAACAGUUAUUGAAGCUCGUUGAGUUUGCACUUUUCAGGCCUUGUAGAGAUUUUGCAUUACCUCUUAAAGUAUUUGUACUCAAAUCGAGAUUUCUUUGAAGGUUAAGAUUUUAAAUUCAAAUUCAAAUCCUAGAA